CUUUUUAAAAAAAAAAAGAAGCCCGCAGACAGUAUAGCUCUUUCUCGUGGAGACAUCAAUUGGAAGAAGGCGAUCAUUUCAUCUUCAAUCCAAUCCAAAACGAUUUCUUCCUUUCAAAUCCAAUGCUAACAUGACUUAAAACCCCAAAACCCCAACUGAAAAUCUAAGCUUUCUUUACCACUGACAUUUUUUUCUCAGUCAUUUUAUCGAGCACUUACACUCUAAUAGAAUAUAAGUCUCAAGAACAAUGCUUCGAAGGUCCCUUUUGGAGUUAUCAAGUCGUCGUCAAUCACUAAGCAGGAUACCGAGGCAGAUUACUUCUCAGCGUGUGUCCCCCUUCCUUUCUUCAAGGAAGGAAUUCUCAACCACUUUACAGAAGAAUGCAUCCCCAAACGGUGAUCAGAAUGAUAAAUCAGAGAGGACGGGUUCACUUUUAGCAAAAGGCUUAGGUGCAGCUCUUGUUGUUGGGACAUGUUAUUAUGUAGGCUGGUUAGACCCAUUUAUUGAAUUAAUUGGUAAAAAGAAGCAAGUUUAUGUUAACUCGGGUGGGGAUGGCAUUGAUCAUGAAGAUGUGUCAGCCAUGAGUGAAGAGGCUAAUAAAUUAAGCCAUUUUAUAGAGGAGGCUGCGCAAAAGGUUCAAACUCAGACAGAUCUUCCUAAUGUUGAAACCAAGAAGGACAAGGUUGAAACUCGUAUAGAUCUUCCCCAUGUUGAAACUGAGCAGAAGGUUGAAACUCCUUCAGAUCUUCCUUAUGUUGAAACCAAGCAGAAGGCUGAAACUCUAAGUAAAACAGAACCUGAUAAUCAGUACCAGGUAGACCAUGGGACAAUCUCUGUUGAGGAGGGGCAUGAACCAAAAUUUUCUCAAUGUAUAGGUUCUGAAGGCAGUCUUAGCGUGGAAAGCCCAGAGUUGAAAACUACUGAAGAAUCGAAUGAGGGAACUCAAGUUACAGAAGUACAACCUCAGGAUGCAACUGUUCCUGUAGAGAGGGAAAUAAAAGCAGUUCAAACUCAGAAUGUUACUUCAGAAGACAGAUCUGAGCAGGGUGCCUUUGGUGAAGAUGUAGGAACAUCAAGUCUACUUGAUUCAUACCAUCUUGAUGACAAAGCUGAAAAGAACACUGCAACAGAGGGCCUUGGAGAACAGGCUAUUGUUAGUGCCAUAGAAGAACUGAAUGAGGGUUACCUAACUAAAGAUGGAAAGUUAGUUAUGGAUUUUCUCGAAGCAAUUCAUGCAGCUGAAAAGAGGCAAGCUGAUUUGGAUGCCCUUGCUUUUGCUGAAGAAAAAAGAGCUCUGAAGGAGAAGUAUGAAAAAGAACUGAGGGAUUUAAGGGCUAGGGAACUUAUGCACACAGAAAAGGCAGCAAUAUUGGAUAAGGAAAUAAAAAGAGAGAGAGCCAAAGCUGCAGCUGCAAUCAAGACACUUCAAGAAAGGAUGGAGGAAAAAAUUAGGGUGGAGCUUGAACAGAAGGAAAAUGAAACGGAAAUGAAGCUGCAAAAGUUGAAGGAGCUUGCAAAAGCAGAGUUGUUGGCUGCAAGUGCACGGGAGAAGGCAGCACAGAUUGAAAAGAUGACUGAAGCAAAUCUCAAUAUAAAUGCCUUGUGCAUGGCAUUCUAUGCGCGAUCUGAAGAGGCUCGUCAAAUUCACUCUGUUCACAAGCUUGCUCUUGGAGCGCUUGCAUUAGAAGAUGCACUUUACAGAGGACUACCGAUUCAGCAAGAGCUAGAUGCUUUAAACACCUAUAUUGAGGGCAUUGAUAAGGACUCACUUUUACUUCUGGUUCUAUCAAACCUUCCUGAAGAAACAAAGCACCAUGGUCCUGAUACACUAUUGGAAUUGAAUCAGAAGUUCAAUGUCAUGAAAGGGAAUCUAAGACAUUAUAUUUUGAUCCCACCUGGUGGUGGCGGCAUCUUGGCUCACGCUUUGGCACAUGUUGCAUCCUGGUUGAGGUUCAAAGAAGUCGAACCCUCUGGUGACGGUAUUGAAUCUAUUAUUAGUAGAGUUGAGGGUUUCCUUGCUGAGGGAAAGCUUGCUGAAGCAGCAGAUGCUCUCCAAAAAGGUGUCCAAGGCAGCCAGGCAGAAGAGAUAGCUGGUGAUUGGGUGAGGCGAGCAAGGAACAGAGCUAUCACAGAGCAAGCUCUAACUGUACUCCAGUCGUAUGCUACCUGCAUCGGCCUUACUCAAUGAUGUUUUUGUCUUUUCCAAUCUUUACGCACAAAAGAGAAGAGAGAAUGAUUGUCCUAUUCAGCAGCUUAUAUUUAGAAGAGCCUUCAAGGGUUGUGAGCGAAACCCAAAAAUGUGUAGAUCCAUACCCCCACAUGAAUAAAAUUUUGUUUCUUUCCCGCUUGAACACUGUUGGUUUUCUAACAUGGUGUGUUUACUACUUACCAUGUAGUAGUAAUAAACAAUUUGUAAGGGAUAAGAACCCGACUACAGCCCCUGUCUGGGAUGGAUAAAAUUUAUUUAUUU